AAAUUACGAUUUUUUAUUUCCGAAUUUGAAAAUCGAUUCAUUCAAUUCUCUCUUUCUAUUUUAUUUUAUUUUAUUUGAAAGUGCAUAAAGAAAAGAGAAAAGAAAUGUAUUAUAUAACAACCGAAAGUUUCAUUUUGUGUCUGCCAUUGGACUCAAAUCCUGAGAAAGUUCCUUUUUUAUGAUCUCUGAGAAAGAAUUGGAUUCAAAGUUGUGACUUUUGCGCAAAUGGGUAUCAAUCAAUGUCGGUUCCGGUGGUUCAACGCCGUCGUUUUGAUCGGAAUGGUCGGCGUUGCGGUGACGGUUACCGGUUCCGACAGUCACGUGAAGCAGGAACAAUUGGUUUCUCGAAUUGCCUUCGGAUCAUGCUCCAACCAGAGCGCUCCUCAGCCCAUUUGGGAUGCCGUGGUUGACUUCCAUCCCCAAAUUUUUAUAUGGCUGGGUGAUAACAUUUAUGGAGACUUAAAACGCCCUUUCAAAAUAUUUGGAAAGGAAAGGACCAUUGGGCCAUGGAAGAAUGUUCCACGAUUUGUUCCUUCCUCUCAGCAGGAAAUGAAGAGUAGAUAUGAAAAGGCUAGGUCUAAUCCUGGCUAUUCUCGACUUCAACAGAAUGCUAAGGUUAUUGGUACUUGGGAUGAUCACGAUUAUGGAUUAAAUGAUGCAGGAAAAGAAUUUCAUGGAAAAGUCACAAACCAAAAGUUGCUUCUUGAUUUCUUGGAUGAACCUCAAGAUAGUCCACGGCGGAAACAGGCUGGUGUAUAUGCCUCAUAUACGUAUGGUCCUGUAGGUAGAGAUAUCAAGAUUAUCCUCUUAGAUACCAGAUAUCACAGAGACCCUGUAGGAAGUGAUGGAACCAUUUUGGGGAAUUCACAAUGGUUGUGGUUGGAGAAAGAGCUAAAGGGUUUACCAACAGCUCUUACCAUAAUUGGAUCUUCUAUUCAGGUUAUAUCAAAUCUUUCAGCAACUAUUCAUCCAUUGUUCGCUAUGGAAUCAUGGGCUCGUUUUCCAAAGGAAAGAGAUCGCCUUUUUAAAUUAAUAGAUGAUAGUAAGAGGACUGGAGUAUUUUUUAUUAGUGGAGAUGUUCACUUUGGGGAAAUUACUAGAUACGAUUGUGCUUUGGACUAUCCACUAUAUGACGUAACCUCAAGUGGAGUUACUCAAUCAAUUGAGGAGGUUGUCCCACCUUUCUUGCGUUCUUUUGUGAGAUUUGUGGCAUGGUUGACCCCAUCUACAAUGAGAGUUAAGGGCCAAAACUGCAGAUACAAAUCUUGUAUAUAUGGCCAGCCAAACUUUGGAACUAUUGAAAUAGAUUGGGACUCUCACCCUGUGAAACUAAAAUUCAAAGUCAAGGACAAGAAUGGUGUCGUUGUUACAGGUGUUGAUGUUUCAUUAACCGAAUUACAACCAAAUUCAGACAGAGAAAAAGCAGGGCAAAAUAAUCAGAAGCAUUGCACUCUUGAAGUUAGUUUGCCAUGGAUUGUAAGAUAUCGCCUGAUGAUCUUGUUCUGUUUCACCUUAUUUGUGUUGCUUCUUGUAUUCCUAGGGCUAGUUUACACUUGUUUCAGAAUUUGCCGACUAGGAGGCUGCAAAAGAAAGCACGAUUGAUACACGUAGAUACAUACACAGUCAGCAAAAGGGAGCAUGUGUUAUCACUUUCCCUUUGUAGAUUUAAUAGUGGCAAUAGGUCAAUAAGAUGUAUAGAUUAUUCUUCUACUGUUUCCACUAACCUGUCCUUUAUUUCAGUGAGAUGUUAAGAACACUUAGAAGUUGACUUAAUAGUUGGUUUUUGUUGGUGGUUGAGCCAUUUGAUAUGAUGCAUAGAAUGCCAUGGUGGAAUCUAGUAACUUCAUGCUUACUACCUGUACUCAUUUGAAUUAGUUUUGAUAUUUAAAAGUAUUCGCCUAUAUAAAUUAGUUUUUGAA